AGCAAGAUGGCGCCCGCUACCUUACAGAAAAUUCGGGAUACAAUCACGGGAAAAGAGACUCAAGACGAUUCAUUGAUAACAGAGAUUUCUGAUGCAACCACACUGAGCUGGUCCACAAGGAUCAAAGGAUUUAUCAUAUGUUUUAUUAUUGGUGUGUCUUUCUCCUUUCUGGGAAUGAUUUUGUUAUGGAAAGAUAUAAAAUUAUUUGCUGUGUUCUACUCACUGGGUAAUGUAACAGCUCUUGCAAGUACAUGCUUUCUUAUGGGUCCUAUGAAACAGCUGCGAAAUAUGUUUAAAGAAAAGCGUCUGAUUGCUACCAUUGUAAUGCUGACCUGUCUGAUUCUUACUUUGUGUGCAGCACUCUGGUGGAAAAACAAGGGACUGGCUUUGGUUUUCUGUAUUCUUCAGUAUUUAGCCAUGACAUGGUACUGCCUAUCCUACAUUCCAUUUGCAAGAGAUGCAGUGAAGAAAUGUGUCACAAGUUGUAUGGCUUAAUAUAUAUAUUUUUUUGCCAAUGGAGACAUCAACCAACAUGUUUAAUGAUCAUUGAUGUGAUGUUAAUAAUUCCAUCCUAAAUGUUGAAUGAGCAUUUUGAAUGUCACCUAAAUAACAAAGGGUCCAAAUAGACCAAAAUAGAACAAGGAUUAUUUGAAAAGGUUAAAUUAGUUUGCAAAUGUUGAACAUUACAAAGUUAGGUUAAAUUUCACAAGUUGGAUUAAUUGUAAUGUAGCUCCUCUAAAGAGUUUGCAAACAGCACUUUAGCUUGUGAGCAGGUUGUCUUUGGCAGUUCACCUUGAAUAGCAAAGGCUGCAAGACAAGACUCUUGUAGGCGUUAAUGUACAUGCCUUGCUGUUUGUGCCUCAGUAUUUAUGAGAGCAUGCUCAUAGGAUACAAUUACCAUAGACUGAAAUCUCUUAUGGCUCAAUUACAGUAACUGAAAAUCACAAGCAUUGUUUAAAGAGG